UAAUUUUAUUUCGAAGCCUGAUCAGCAUUUAAUAUUCUCUCCCCCCACCCCGUUUUUUUAGCAGUAGACACAGCACAGAUGUUUUCCAUUAAACGCGAGAUGGGAACAACUUUCUCUGGUUUAUGAAUUUGUGCUAAUUUUUUUCGUUUUAUUUCCGCAGGGAUUAUUUAUCUAGUUCACAAAUGUGAUAAACCGGCAGAUAUAUUUUUUAAUACACGAUCUUUUAGUUUAUUGCUGCUGAUCUUUCCCAUUUCAUAUUAUAAGUUCAUUUCACCUACUUGCUGUUUAUGUUUCCUUCCUGUCAAAAUUCACACGCUUUCGUCUAGAAUAUUAUCUCCUUCUCAAAAAACAAUUUCUCCUACUCAGCUGGGAAAAAUCGCCCUAAAUUAAAAUGCUAUUAAAUUCAUCAAGAGUUUGUUUCAUUGCUUUAAGUACAUGUGUUUUGUUUAAUUUCAUUUCUACUGAACUUUUUACUGCUAUUGUUGAUUUAGAAAAGCUUCUUUAUACUGAAGGUGAAGUUAUAAAAACUAUUGAAAGAUACAUAGAAGCUGAAGAAAAAAGGCUCCAAGAAAUUAAGAAAUUAAAAGAUGAAUAUGGCAGACUCCACCAAGUUGCUAGUGUUGAUUCACAAUCUUUUCUUGGAAACCCUAUUAAUGCCUUUUUACUUGUCAAGAGACUAAGCACUGAUUGGAAAACAGCUGAAUCUUUAAUGCUAAAAAAUGCUGGAAAAGAUAUGAUUGAAAAUAUGACACAAACUAGAGAGGAUUUGAAAUUUCCUGAAGAGGAGGAUUUAACUGGAGCAGCAGAAGCACUACUUAGACUACAAGAUACUUAUAAACUAGAUACUUCAACUCUUGCACGAGGACAAAUAUCUGGAACAAAGCCAUCAAAUGAAUUAACUGCAAAUGACUGCUUUGAACUUGGUCGUCAGUCUUACAACAGUGGUGAUCAUUACCAUACUAUUCUAUGGAUGCAAGAAGCUCUUGAUAGAGUGGAUGAAGAAACUAACAAAACAGCUGACAAAGCUGAGAUAUUGGAAUAUCUUGCUUUUUCAACUUUCAUGCAAGGAAAUACACGCCAUGCAUUGAAGCUUACAAUUGAUUUACUUGAACUUGUACCUGACCAUCCUCGAGCAAGGGGAAACAAAGCUUACUAUGAAGAUGCAAUUAAAAAUGCUGCUCACACAAAAAGAGGUGAUGACGGGGAUGUUCAGUUAGAUGGGGAUGUUAAUUAUUCUGAAUCUUCUAAUGCUGAUUCAGAAAUAUCAGAAAGAGAACAAUACGAACAGUUAUGCAGAUCUGAAUCCGUUUCAAAUCUUGCUAAAAGCAAAGAUCUCAAGUGUGAACUUAUCACGAAUGGACAUCCAUAUUAUUUACUUCAACCUGUUCGAAAAGAAACGGUAUUUAAAGCUCCAAACAUAGUUAUUUUACAUGAUGUCGCUACAGAUAAAGAAAUGGAAAUAGUUAAACACUUAGCUCAACCAAGACUGAAACGUGCAACAGUGCAAAACUCUAAAUCUGGACAGUUGGAAUAUGCCAGUUAUCGAAUUAGUAAAAGUGCCUGGUUGAAAAAUGAAGAUCAUCAUGUGGUUGCUAAAGUAUCCCAACGAAUUGAAGAUAUAACUGGUUUAACAGUAAAAACAGCUGAAGAGCUUCAAGUUGUGAAUUAUGGAAUUGGUGGUCAUUAUGAGCCUCAUUUUGAUUUUGCCAGAAGAGAAGAAAAAAAUGCCUUUCAAAGUCUAGGAACUGGGAAUAGAAUUGCAACUUGGCUUCUUUAUAUGAGUGAUGUUGAUGCUGGAGGAGCGACUGUGUUCCCUCAAAUUGGAGUGACUCUACGACCAAAAAAGGGAGCUGCUGCAUUCUGGCAUAAUCUUCAUAAAAAUGGGGAAGGAGAUAUGCUGACUAGACAUGCAGCUUGCCCUGUACUUGCUGGCUCAAAAUGGGUUUCGAAUAAAUGGUUGCAUGAACGAGGACAAGAGUUUCGAAGACCAUGUGGCUUGCAUGAAAAUGACUAGUACUUAAAUAUUUUCUUUUUAUAUUUUUGAGUUGGAUUUUGCUUCAUCAAUUAUUAAUGCAUUUUAUCCUAGUUAAUUUGUAUAUGUUUUUGACAAGAGUUAAUCACCACUCUUUUUAAUAGUGCCAAAAUAAAAUUUGCAAAAAAAUUAUAAAAUAUUUAUUUAAAAAUAUCUUCUCUUUUAUAGCUUUAUUUUACUGCUCUUCUUGUUGCUUUUAGUUUAAUAAUGGUGCCAUGUGAUGUUUGUAAUUUUUAAAAGAUUUUGUGACAUUGCUCCUCGUGUGUAUUGCUUGAACUUUAAGUUCAAUUACUGCAUUGUGCCAAUAUUUAUCAAAGCUAAGCGAGCAUUAUUGUUGGAAUUGAUUUUUAUUGUAAGAACCCAUUUGCAAUAACUAUAUUUUUGUUAUCCUAUUUUAAUGUUUAUUCUUGUUUGUUUGUCAACCUUUAUUGCAGAGUCGAUAAAAAUGAUUUUCUAUUUCCUUAAAACAUACACAUUUCUUUUAUUUAACAGCAGAACUCAAUUUUUUUUUCUGUUGAUUUUCUUAGCAAUCAGUUUUACAAACUGGUAAAUGUAGCUCUUUAUUAUGAUGUUAUGUUUUAAAUUGUGAACUUUAGUGUGUAUUUAUUUCUAUUUUUUCAUGAUUAUUAUUUUUAAAGUUAUAAAUAUGCAGUGUGUAACUGAAAUUUGUGGAUAAUAUAAAAAAACAUUUUCUUCAACUAAACGUUUUACUUACUUGAUAUUUCGUUGAGUUAUUUAGUUGUUUUGUUAUGUUGUAUGAAUUAUAUUUUUUUAAACAGCAACAACUGAUUGAAUUAGGUAUAAAUUCUUUAACGAAGAAUUCUUUUAAAACUAAAAGAUUUUAGCUAUUCCUUUUUUUUUUUAAAUAUUUUUAAUUGCCAUAAUUAGCUGUGAUUAAAAGGUAUAAAAAUUUUUCUUCCAUUCAAAAAUGCCAGAAAGUACAGAUUCAUUGUAGUUAAAAAUUUAUCAGUUGGAUAAUUUCUUAGAACUAUUUUUCUCUAUUCUUGAUUUUCUACUUAAUUUUAAUGUUUAAUCUACUUAAUAUAAUCUUUUUUAUAUGUUACAAAUAAAAUUCUUUGUGUAUUAGUCUGAAACAAGUAAAAAAAAAACUUUUUUAUUUCUUUUCCACUAUGUAGAUUGAUUUGAAUAAGAAGAUUCAUGUGAAUUAAUUUGACUUAUCCAAUUUUGAUAAUUUAUCUUCGACUGUUGUAUUAUAACAUUUUUAUUUUUUAACUAGAAAUCUGCACAAUUAAGAAUAAAAAUAUGAGGGUUGAAAUAAAAUUUUAUUAAUAUCUCAUUAAUAUUCAUGAGAUUUUUUUAUACUAUUUAAGUUGGAAUUGGGCUCAAGCUCUUUGAAUACUGCAGAGUUGAACAUUUAAAAAACUGUUCCCAUAGCUCCGAUUAAAAUAACUGUUACUUUUCAUUUCAUUCAUCACUAUAUGUGAAAUUCAUUGUUAAAAGAUUAGUAAAAAUUAUCUAAUUUUUAAAAAAAACUGGGAAAUGCUGACUUCUCAAAUUUUAGAAGUAUGGGGUAUUUUAGUAAAAAUUGCCCUUUUAUUCCUCAGGACUAUAAAUUCAAUAAAUAGCGAGUUUAUAAAUGAAUUGUACUUUUUUAAAUUCUUUUUAAUUGAAGCUUAUUAUUAAAAAAACAAACAAAAUUAUAUAAAACAAACAAAAAUAUCUAAGCAAAACGUAUGAAGAGAGCUUCUAAACAAAGUUGAAUUGUUGGCUCUUUUGUAAUUUUCUCUGGCAUUUCUUUUUCUUUUUUUUUUUUAUUUCAAACAAAGUUGUUUGUUUUUACUAUAAAACCUGCUCAAGUUGUUUCUAAUUCUCUUAUUAUUGUUUUAUCUCUAAAAUUUGUUAAAAACCAAUAAUUACCAUAUACAUGAAAAUAAAUUCAAAAGUUGAUAAAUGUAAUUUUGUUUUUUUAAUUUUUAAAUGUCAAAAUCCAACUAUUUUUAAUAACAAAAUGUAUUCAUUUUUUUAUUAAGCUAUUUGUUUUGAAACCAAUAUUUGCAUUGCUCUAAACUAUCUUUGUUUUGUAUUCAUAAAUUGUGUUCAAACUUAAAAAUCAUUUAAUAAUAUAAAAAGUUUGUAGAUCAAACUUGUUGUUUAUGUACUGAAUGUUGUGAUAUUUCUUUUAACUAUAUCAAUAUGGUUUGUGUUCAAGACAGUAAAAUUUAUGUAUGAUUAGUUAGAUGUAACUUAGUUUUAUGAAGUAUUUAAGCAUGGUUAAGGUAUAGAAUUAAAAAUUUAAUUCCAACUCCUAAUUAUCUUUAAUAAUUAUUAAAAAUUCUGAAUCUUCAACUAAGAAUUUAUAUUUGAAACAUUUAUUUUGUUAAUUAGAUUAUUUUAGUUAUUAAUUUUCUUCAAAAUUAAUGGGUAAAAAUAUGUAUCAGUAUUUAAAAUUCCUAUGGAUGUAAUAUUAUUUAUAACUAAUUAGUUCAUCUAAGUUAUAACUUAGACUUAAGUUCAUUGAUGAUUUUGUAUAUAUAUGUUUAUUUGAUUAUACAUAAAAUAGAUGAGCAAAUUUACUUUAGCAAUAGUUUUUAAAAGUAAAUUUUUACAUUAAAAGCGUUUAAAUUUAAAAAAAAUAUUUCAUAGUUUCAUUUAUUUUAAUUCUUGUUUUAAAAUAGCAUAUAUAUAACUCUUAGAAUUCAAAUAAUUAUAUUUAUUUUAUUUUAUUGUGUUGGACACUUACUCAUAAUAUAACAAAGAAAUAUGGUAUUUGGUUAAAUUACUAUAAUUCAGAUUUUCACAUGCUUUAUCCAAUCAAAAUUUUGUUAAUUAAUUACUGACUAAUUAACGAAUUGUAAAGUUUUUAGCAUUCACAUCAUAUUUUUCUAAAGAACCCUUCCAAUGGAAGAAUUAAAAAUUUUCAUCUUUAUUGUAAAAGAUAGGGAUAACAUAGUAUCACUGGAAGAUUCAAUGAUAAGCCAUAUUUUCAAAUUCUUCAGUUAAAUGUUUCUGAUGAAAAAAACCCAAUUACUUCGAAGCAUGUAAUAAAAUAUUUCUGUGUAUUGUACUGCCUUCUAGUAUAUGCCAGCAUAUGUCUUUAAACGUUUAGCAUAUUUAUAUUAUUUAAUGCAAUUUUAGUUCAAGUUAAGUUUUUAAUAACUCAACAUGUUGUGAAGAAUUCUGGCUAAAUAUAUUUUAGUAAAUUCAAGUAAAGUGCUUAUUACAAGAGUGUUUCUAGUUUAUUUUUAGAUUUCGAUUGCAAUCAAAAGAAAACAUAUUUUGAUAAAUGAGCAUUUAGAAGGCAUACUCAUAUCAUGAAUAUUAUUCCUGUUUUUUGAAGGAAUGUCAUAUAUCAUUUUUAAUCAAAAUGUAUACUUAAAAUCCUUUUAAUGUAGUUUUUCUCUAGAUAAAAAUUAGUUUUUAAGUGAAAAGAAAAUGUAAUAUUUUAUCUUUCUUCUUGACUCAUCACUAUUUUUGUCAAAUAGUGCCUUGUUCAUUAUCAAGGAUCAAUAAAUUGUACAUAUAUGCAUAAUAAAACAGACUUUUUUCAAAGUU